AUGGGAGCAACAAAUUCAAAAUCUGAGACGAGUGGUGCUUUAAGGCUGUGCAAAGAAAGGAAAAGAUUUAUCAAGCAAGCCAUUGAUUCUAGAUAUGGUUUAGCAGCUGCGCAUGUUUCAUACGUUCAGUCUCUAAGAAAUAUAGGCAUUGCUCUGAGGAGAUAUGCUGAGGCUGAAGUCUUGAUAGAAUCCGCUCUAUCAACUACAGCCACUGAAAAUGAUAAAACUCCAUCACAUUCUUCAUACUUGUCGCCCUCCCCACAGCAUAUUGGUGGCACUUUAGAUUCUCCAGUGCUCAAUGGGAGCCCGCUAUCGCCACCUACAGCUAGACUUAGUUACAUGAGGUCAGGUGGAGGUAGUGCUUUGACUGUCAGAGUGAGUCAACCGCCUAGGAAUAUGUAUGUUGAGGAGGGUGAAUUUUCAAUGCCUCCACCUCCACCUCCGCCUCCUGAACCAGGGUCGUCUUGGGAUUUUUUUGACCCUGCUGAUGAGCAUGAGAGCUUUAGAUUUGUGGGGCAGAAUGGCUUGAAUUUGAACUUUGAUGAUGUGAGAAUAAAUGGGAAUUUUGGUGAGACGGGUGUUGAUGAUAACACUAGUGGGAUUCAGGAAGUGCCUAUGACACUGAAGUCAGAGACUCCAAGAAAUGGACACGGAAAAUUGGUCAUGAACAAUUCAGAUUCAGCCAAAUACGAAAAGAAUGAAAGCAGUAGUCAGCAAAGAGUCUAUGGUGAAGUGAAAGAUGUAAACAAUGAGAUAAAAGUGAAUGGAUCGGUGGGAAAUGUGGCGGGAAAGGUUCCUUUAGAACAGUAUAAUUUGAAGAUAAAUAAAUCUGCAGUAGAAAAGGAUGUAUGUGCUGAAAGGGAAGAUCCUUCGGAGUAUAUAACACACAGGGCUAAAGAUUUUCUCUCUAGCAUUAAGGAUAUUGAUAACCGGUUCUUUAGAGCAUCUGAAUCAGGGAAAGAGGUAUCGAGGAUGCUUGAGUCCAGCAAAAUCAGUAUCGGAUAUGAGGCAAAAGGUAAAUCAUCAUCUUCUGUUUAUUUAGCCUCUUUUCGAGCUGCUUGUUGUCAAGGAAGAGGUGCUAAUGUCCCUGAUGGAUCGGAACAUGUGACCAAGGUUAUAACCUGGAAACGGACAACAUCAUCACGGUCAUCGUCCUCUAGGAAUCCUCUUGCCACAAAGGAUGACAAUGAUGACAGUGGAAGUGAUUUUAUUGAAGAGUUCUGCAUGAUUUCUGGAAGUCACUCUUCCACACUGGAGAGACUUUAUGCGUGGGAGAGAAAGCUGUAUGAUGAAGUGAAGGCCAGUGAGUCUAUCCAGAAGGAAUAUGACCGCAAGUGUGACCAGCUACGGCACCAAUUUGCGAAGGAUCUUAGUCCUCAAACAAUUGACAGAACUCGGGCAGUGGUGAAGGACCUGCAUUCACGAAUUAGAGUGGCACUUCAUGCUGUUGAUUCAAUAUCAAAGCGAAUAGAGAAAAUGAGGGAUGAAGAAUUGCUCCCGCAAACUAUAGAACUUAUUCAGGGAUUGGCCCGGAUGUGGAAAGCCAUGCUCGAAUGCCAUCAUAACCAGUACAUAACUAUCUCGUUAGCUUAUCAUGCAAAAACUUCUGCGGGAAUUGUUCAUGGGGAAACACAGAGGCAGAUUAUAAAUCAGCUUCUGGAUGAGGUAGAGUAUUUUGGCCUGAGUUUUGCUGAUUGGAUCAACAGUUAUACAUCUUAUGUGGAAGCGCUCAACAGCUGGCUACAAAACUGCAUUUUGCAACCACGCGAGCGACAAAAGGGACGAAGAGCAUUCUCCCCUCGUCGAGUUCUGGCCCCACCUAUAUUUGUCCUCUGUCGGGACUGGUCAGCCGGAAUAAAAUCUUUGCCAUCUGAAGAAGUUAGUGAUGCAAUCAAAGCUUUUCUAUCUGAUUUGAGACGUUCAGUUAGACACCAGCCGGAUGAAUCCCACAAAAAGGAAACGGCAGAUGAUUUGCAAAUCAAUGAAGAAUCAGAGAGUAAAGAUGAGGAGAAAAAUGAAGAUCGAGCUUCAAAUUUAAGCUGCAUACAGACAAGUUUGACUAAGGUUCUUGACUGGCUGACAAAAUUCUCCGAGGCUUCGGUGAAAAUGUGUGACGAUAUUCGACAGAAAUGUGAAACCGCUCGAAAUGCAUAUGAUAAUUAUAGAGCACCUCCAAGAUCCUUCAGCAUUUGA